CGUGGUCGUAGGGAUCGUUAAUAUGACUAUUUUGUGUCCGAUUGAAAAAGAAACACAUUUUGCUCAACUUGUCGCCGUAAGCAAUAUGGAAUACAUGUUUCGGCUAUCCGUUAUUUUGAGUUUAGUUUUUGGUUACCUCUGCCGUGAGGGAAUACGGAUAUCGGGUAAAAGAAUGGUUGCUGCUUCGCAGAUGGGCAACAGUCAGACAUUAUCAAAUCCCAGUUAUCAAGCUUUACUAGACGCGGCCAGUGAUGGUUUCCUCAGUAGAGAUGAGAUUCAGAGAUUUGCACCUGACACACCAUCUCCUAAUGAUGUGGAAUGUUAUGUAGAAGUUGAAACGUACCGAACACGACGAAUUGGAGGGCGCUGUGUAAAUUUUGGAAGGACACAACUUAGAGUAUGUCAAGCUGGAGAAUACUCUGGACCUUUGUUUAAUAACCAGUGCAGGAGACAAGACAACCCAAGCACUGACCCACCAACACCUUAAAUCCAUCAGUUUACUAUAUACGUAGAAAUAUACACAACUGACAAUGUGAAAUUUUCUAACAAUCUAUCUUUAUGUAGUCCUCGUUUUACUUUAAAUAUAUUAAAUGUUUAUACAAACGA